AGAAGUUAGCUGCAUUGGAGGCCACUAGAAAUAUUGCUAAAGAAAACUUUCAAAAAACUUUUUGGGCAACAUGUUAAAGUUUCUUUGGCUUUUACCCAUUGUCACUAUCGCUAUACCUAAAAUUACCCACGCUCAAAGGCCGUCUUUUGCUGGCAUAAGACCUCCAGGCGGACUUACUCAGAAGGACAAGUACGCCCAAACUAAAAAUACAGCCCUGGAGAACUUUAAUGGAGUUUCGGGACCCAAGGAUACUACGCAAAAGAAAAUUAUCAACCUUCCUUAUGGAGCACCGCAAAGGCCGCCAAUGGGAGUUCCGCUGGUUCAUCCCUCCGCUCCGGAGGAGUUGUUAGCCUCGUACAGCCCCGUCAACAACGCUGCUGGAUUUCCAGCUCAAACUGCCCCAGAUAACAGCCGACUUCCCAUCGAUGCCCGAGGUGACAGGGACUGGGUGAAUAGAUUGAAGCAGCUGCCCGUGGACCAGCAGCCCUUCUGGCUUGUGAACUAUCAAGCAAUCGAAGCAAUGAGGAACAAUCCCAGACCCAAUGUUGGAAAUUAUGAAUGGCGUGGGAAUUCGUUCGGCGGUUAAAAACUUUGAAGGUUUCUUAAUUUUUAAUAUAAACAUCAUUAAGAAUAAAAAGCUUCAGGAUGUCUUUU